GGUGACGGAACGGAUGUGUGAACGUAGUAUCUAUGUUUCAGUGUUUCUAAGCUGUAAAUUUUCAUCAUGGUGGUAGUGGAACUGUGUAAGUCAUGAGUUCAUUAAUCUCGAGAAUGGAUUAAUCUUUUAUUUUAAAAAAUGGAUCAACUUUCUGAGGAGUUGGAGUUCCUUGAUCUGUCAGACUUGGGUGAUAAAGAACGACACCAUGUCCAGUCUGUGCUCUACUCAAGGAACCCAAAUGCAGCAUACCCUCAGCUGCCUUGGCAAGUCUCCUUGCCUGUCAAUAUUGAUCCGUAUCAGGAGUCUGUUGAUGAGGUCCAGUGGAACCACAAACAGCAGUAUGAACCUGAUAAUUCUGGAGAGAUGAUAAAUUAUGAGGCUGAAUCUUGUGACAUGGGCAUUGAAGAAGGAUGCGAAACUGUUGAGCAGCCAGUUGACUAUCAGUCAGCGUCCAACAUGAUCCCUGCAGCAUCUGUUAUCAUGGUGCAGAAUUACUCGCCAGGCAUCAUUAACCAUGUGUACAGCUCAGUGACCCAAACACCAAUGUAUUCGACACCCUCAAAUGAAAUCAAUGGAAGCUCUCAGAAACCGCGACGUACUCUAAACAAUAAAAUGGGUAUCAAAGGAAUGCCAAAAAUGGGUAUCAGACAUCGACAGCCUAACGUUGAUGCAGUGGAUGUUAUGCCGCAUCAACCUCCACCGCAAAAUCCGCCAUAUUUCUACCCGUAUCAGUAUCCAUACUUUCCUGGCCCUCCGAAUCAGCUCCCUGGAGCUCCAAUGAGCACCGCCCAACACGCAACCGGCAGUCCCUUGUACUUACCUACAGUGGUUAAUUCAUAUCCACCCAUGUACUAUCAACCAGCCUAUUGCUCACCACCCCUCCCAAUCAAUCAACAUACCCAUGAGCCGUUGGAAAUGUCUCCUGCUGAUAAUAUUUUAGUGAAGUCUGAUUAUUUGGAAGAAGUUCCAGUCGUGUCUGUAGGAAAUGCUGUGCCUUAUAACAAUAAUGAUAACAAUAAUCAUAUUGAAGAUAAUACUAAUAUUAGUUGUAAUGUAAAUAGUAGUUUAAAUUCUAGCAGUAACCUUAAUAACAAUAAUAACUACAGUUUCACUAGCAUCAAAGAUGACGUAGUCAAAAGUAGUGAAAUUUCUGAUGAUCCCUCAGAAAUUGCUUUGUCAGAGGCUGUGAAUGAUGAGAAAUCCAAUAGUGUUAGUAGCUGCAAAUCGAUCGUCCAAAGAAGUGAAACUACCUUCCAGCCUGACUCAUCUAGAGUUAAUGUAUCAGUCUCGACAAAUUCAGCUGAGCCCAUUUUAAAGGUUUCGGACAGUAGGGUAAGUGUUAGUCAAACCAUUACCAGCGUUAAAAACUCUGUCAGUAAUAUUGCAGACAUUGGUGUCAAAUCAUCCCAUUCAUUGCCUGCACACACUGCUCAACCAGCAGUUACUAAUAAAACAGACUCAGGAAGUGCUGUCGGUAAACCUAGUAGUAGUCACUCCCCAAUCUCAAGUAGUUGCUCCACAAGCAAAAGCAGUAUCACCAUGUCCAGUGAUACAAACGACAGUAAUGUGAAGAGUAUAAGCAAGGCAAAAGAAGCUGCACCUGCAAGUGUUACCACCAAUUCUUCAAAAUCUGAAAAGUCUGAUAUCUUGACUCCUAUUAUGAACGGACCCCCAGCUGAAGCAGCAGCUCCAGCAAGGCGAUCAUGGGCAGCAUUGGUUGCAGGCGGCACAAAGAAACCGAUAUCCUCUCCAACCGUGUUUUCUGUAAAUGUUGAAAAUCCUACCCAAGUUGAUACGUCACAUGUUGCCUCUCAUCCAAAACUUGGCAGUUCAGACACGACUGCGUCAAUGAAAAGUAAACUUACACAGCCUUCGCCACGGCCUCAACCACCGCGAAGUGCAGCAAAGCAUCGUCCUGGGGCGCCCACUAAGUCACAGAAAAGCGAAUCUGCUAGCUCAAGCGAUGUUUAUCUUCAGAAAAUUGCUGAGCUUUUAUCUACCUACAAGUUGGAUCAUAAAGUUGUAAACCUUCUUCCCAGAGGAUUGAACAAUCGAAGCAGCUACUGUUACAUCAACGCAACUCUUCAAGCUCUUCUCGCUUGCCCUCCCCUGUACAAUUUACUGAAGGCAAUAUCUUCAGUACUCGGAGAUUCAAAACAGAAUCCUACAGAAUCUUCAAUACCAUUUAUCAGUAGUUUAGUUAGUUUCGUCGAUGAGUUUUCACCUUUACCAAAUAGUGUCACACCUCGUAAGCAAAAGCCCUCUCCUCCCUCAGUUCAGAAACAUAACAAAAAUCAUCCAGUUGAAUCAGAUCCCAAAACUGAUCCAGCAUUUGAACCUAGUUUUAUUUAUAAAAUGUUAGCCUCCUUAAACAGUGACUCUGGUGGUUCAUUCAAUGUUGAAGGUCGGCAGGAAGAUGCUGAAGAAUUUCUGUCUUGUCUUCUUAAUGGACUCAAUGAUGAAAUGGUCGAGCUUCAAAAAUAUUGCGAAGAUUCCAUCAAAAGUACUUUAAGCAAUGGUGAUAUUUUGGUAAAUGGUGACGCAUCUCAACAGAAUGAUCAUGGCGCGGAGUGGCAACGAGUCAAGGCCAAAAACAAAUCCGCUAUCGUCCGUGAUGCAAAUGUAGAGAGAACUCCAUUAUCAGAUAUCUUCAGAGGAAAAUUAAAAUCUCAAGUUUCAAGGUUAGGUGGAGUCACUUCAUGUAACAUUCAGCCUUUCUUCACCCUCCAAUUGGAUAUUGAGAAAGCUAAGUCUGUAUCAGAAGCACUUGGUAUGCUAGUGGACCGUGAUCAGUUGGAAGGUGUGACUUGUUCAAAAACAAAUCAAGAAGUGGAAGCAUGGCAAAAAAUGACCUUAGAAGAAUUACCUUGUGUUCUUCUACUUCAUCUUAAGUGCUUUGAUUUCAAGCAACAGGCUCAAUCUUGUGCUAAGAUUAUCAAAAACAUUGAUUGUCCAAUAGACUUGGAGCUGAACAGUAAAUGGAUGUCGUACCGGAAGACGCAUAAUAGAAAGUAUAAACUAUUUGCUGUUGUUUACCAUGAAGGAAAAGAAGCCUCAAAGGGUCAUUAUAUUGCUGAUGUCUACCAUCAUGGUUAUGAAAGCUGGAUCCGAUAUGAUGACUCCAACGUUAAGUUCAUAGAUGAGUCAGAAUUCUUAAAACCGAAGCCACCAAGAGUACCUUAUCUCCUGUAUUAUAAAAGAAUUGAUACUUUAAUAACUCCAGUAAUUUCUACCAAGUCACAGCCAGUGAACUCUACUCUGAAAAAUAGAUAAUCUCUGGUAUGUACCUAAUCCCAUAAUAGUUCCUCCUAUUCCUGAGGGUGUUGAUAUUAUUUUUGCUAACACUCAAUGCAUUGUUAAAAUUGAAUUUUUUAUUUUUUAAACUGACCCCAAAUAAUUAUUACUAUUGUUAGCAAGCUUAACCGACAGCACUAUUCAAAGCUGUUGUUGAAAGCUACUUGUAGAAAACCUUUUGAGCUGUGGCAUUAUUUGAAUUUUGUAUUAUGCUGGUGAUACAACAGUGGAAACCACUCAAUGACUUAAAAUAGAUUGAGUAGUGGAAGCAAAUUUUAUUAUUUAACUUUUCUCAAGUGAACCUUGAGGAUUCUCCUCUGUAAACUGACUCAAGCAUGUUGGAAGUUUUCUUGAAUGUUUCAUCCAAUUAAGCAAACAUGUUGCGUGUGUAUCCCCUUCAGCUGAAUCGGUAUCGGCCAAUGUAGAAGAAUCACUGAUGGUAAUUAAUCGAGGCAGUAAACAAGAUACGUAAGAGAUACUAAUGUUGAGCGGCUGCUGUUAACUCCUUGACUGCCGUGAUUCGAUGUAUUGAUAUAUUCCUCGGUGGCCAAACAACUAUUGUUAUCACAGUUGAUUUUUCCGAGUCAGUUGAGCUACAGGAAGCGCGCUAUCUCUCGGCAUUUUAGUGAACUAGCAGUAGUGCUUAAAGACCGACAGAGGAUACCACUGUCGUUUCUGUUGGAGAUUUUUUUCAGAGCUUGUCGUUCAAAUUUGUGAAGCUCGUCCUUCGUGUGUUUCCGUGCCCUCUAGGAAAUAAGUGCUAAAACCCUUCGGCAGUCAACGUGUUAAUGUCAAAUCUGUACUUCAUGAUCUUAAGGCAGAAUGCAGUGGGUGAUAACAAAAUUUAUGUGAAGAAUGGUACCAGGCAUCUCGAUAACCCAUAGAGAGUUGCCCUCGGCUACCAGCAAUUUGCGUGCAGUUGCCAUAAAUGAUAUAGUUAGCGAAGAGAUCAGUUUUAAGUAUCAGUUGCAAGACAAGUUGUCUACAAGAACCUGUAGUUAGAAGUCCUUUGACGUAAGUCUCAGUGAAGCAGUGAUUGUAUUAGUUCGAGUACCUCUUGAUUUGGUCAGUUGGAAUCAUGAGAAGUUUCAUCGAUUUUGUCUUUCUUGCGGUUCCUGUGGUUUUCAUUUACCCUACUAGGAAGUUUCAAGUUGAUAACGACAACCAGCUGAUCCGAGAGCUAUGUGUCCAACUUUGAAUGGUUGAAGUCAUAUGAAACCCACACAAAGGAGAUAGCAGAAUGGGUCUGUUGCUCACAUGAGACAGAGGAAAUAAUGAAAAUGCUUGCUGCUGGUCAGUUAAGCGCUACAUCGUAGAUUUUAGACAUUUCUAACAUGCUCAAAAUGAUUUUCGUUUGAUUUUACUCCUUUAAUGUCUACUCAGUUGGCUGUAUCUCAUGAGUGCGGCGGGCUUAUUUAGGCCCCAAAUCAUGAGGAACUAAAAUGAACAUGGUAUAAUUAUUGAUGAAUCCUGAUAGAAAGUAUUUUUCUUCUAAGCCUGUUUUUCUGCCUGAAGAAUCUAGAUUAUCUUUCUCCAACAAUUAUGGCAUAUGAGGGAAUAAGGUCUAAAUUGGCUGAAACAUUCUGAACUUCACCUCCAAUAUAGUCUUCUCAUGUAGCCAAGUGUGUAUCCUUCUACUGGAAUUUUAAUCCAAUUAAAUUGGCACCUGUCAAUAUCCCUAAUUAUUUAUCUUCUCUACCCAGUUUGCAUUUUACUGUGUAUUUGUUCGAGAUAAUUGGUUGUAAUGUUAUAAUUUUGUAGUAGUUUACCGAGAAAACAACCUGCAAUAUCGUAGUUGUAUUCACUGAGGUAUGCGUUUUCUUCUUAGAGCCACAGAUUGCCGUUCUUUCUUUCUCUCUUAAUUGUUUCUUUGUACUUUGCCUGUAAAAUGUAAAUAUUAAUUUUAUGUAUUCAUUAAUUAGUCAUUUUAUUGUGUUAAUUUAUUUUUUCUUUAAAUUUUUAUUGUUAUUUUUUUUACCAAGAAAGUGACUCACAAUCUGAAAUUUUCAUCUGAAGGGAAGGGGAAGCAUCCAAAAUUAGGGAUUGAAAUUUAGUUGAUUUUGCUUGUAAGGAUCGUCCACCAAUCUGUUUCUUCUUUUUUCUACCCCUGUGUUUCUCCAAAGCUGUAGUGUAGAAAUUUUCAAAGCUUUGCCCUUUGAUAAAGAGGAAUUUUUGCAUCUCUUCAAUCCAGGGAGCUCUUCCCACAGAGAAUGUUUAUGAUGGAAUCCUCAAGCAAUAGUGAUAUAAUUGAAGCUUCAUUUUGAAUAAGUUUCAUUUUGUUUUAAGUUUUAAGGCUAAAAACAAAAAGUCAAAUUUCGUAUCUUGACACGUCUGUUUUCCCCAACUGUUAGCACAGUCACACCUCAAAGUAUGGCUUACUGCUCUGCCCAUCUCUUACCAGUCCACUAAACAGUCCUUAUAAAACCAUUCAUAAGAGGUUAAUUUAAUCGUGAUGAAGUUAUAUUUUUAGAUUUUCCUUUUUUUACUAACUCGUGUGAUGAUUAAUUCUUUUUAGUGGUAUAUUUUUAUGAGGAAAGUGAAAAAUCUGUCAGUUUGCAAGUGUAAAUUUUGUAUUUUUCUAUACCAUACAAUUGAAUGCUUGAUAUACAGUUAUUUUAUCAAAAACUUUCAAGUGUGCGGUGGUACUCAUAAAUAUUGUCUUUAUGUGAGGAACCUGCCAGCGAUUGAUUAAUCGGUUAUUUGUAUCUACUUUUUACGAAAUUCUGUAUCUAUGAACAGUUAAAAAAUUACCUGUUGUUAAUUGUUGAUUGUAUAUUGAAGUUACUGUUUUCUGUUCUUUUACCUAUUUAUUUCUUUAUUUUUUCUUUAUUAUUUUUUUUUUUUUUUUGUAGUUUCCCAGUCCCUCAUAAAUUGUAAGAACCAUAUUUCAUUUGUAUAGUAUUGAUUGUUUUCAUAAUCGUUGAUGUUUUUUAAUUCAUCUUAUUUGAUUGAGUUUCUCACUGAGGUGGAACCUGCAGCUUUGAGGAAUUUUAAAUAAAGAGGAAAUAUGGAAACCUUUUGAGAA